UAGAACAAAAUGGCCGAUUACGGAAAAUCCAGUACUGUUCCACAAUAUAUUGCAGCGUUAUCAAUAUGUUUGGGAGCAGUAGCUGCAGGCGCAGUUCUAGGUUGGACGAGUAACAUUACUGAUGAUUUAAAAGAUUCCAAACUUAAUGACAUACCCAUUGAUGAACAGUCCUUAGGAUGGAUAGGAUCCUUUGUUUCGGUAGGGGCACUGAUAAUGUGCUUACCCAUUGGAUUUAUCUGCGACAAAAUCGGAAGAAAAUGGGGAUGUUUAAUGACAGUCAUUCCCUUCCUCGUAGGAUGGCUUUUGAUCAUCUUUUCCACAAACAUUAAUAUGAUCUACGUUGGCAGGUUUCUCACAGGUUUAGCAGGAGGAGCUUUCUGUGUCGCAGCACCCAUUUACACAGGAGAAAUAGCACAGAACAGUAUUCGAGGAGCCUUAGGAAGCUACUUCCAGCUUCUUCUAACUGUUGGAAUACUUAUAGCCUAUAUAGCAGGAGCUUAUAUGAGUCCGCAAGCCUCGGCCAUAGUCGCAGCUUGUUUACCAGUUAUUUUUGCUGGUGUGUUCUUCUUCCAGCCAGAAACUCCUUUGUAUCUUCUUAAGAACAACAAAUACGAAGAAGCUAAGCAGUCGCUUCAAAGAUUGCGUGGAAGCAAUUAUGACUGUGAACCUGAAUUAAAAGAACUCCAACAGAGCUUGGAAAAAGAUGCUUCCGCCCAAGCAUCAUUUAAAGAGGUAUUAUUUACUGAUGCGGGAAUAAAGGCUUGCUUUAUAAGCUUCAGCAUUAUGUUCUUCCAACAAAUGAGUGGGGCGAACGCCGUUAUUUUUUAUACAGGAGAUAUUUUCAAAGCUUCUGGUUCUAGUUUAAAAGCUUCUACGGCUACUAUUAUUAUAGGUAUCUUACAAACAUUGGCCACGUUUGUUGCUUCGUUGAUAGUAGAUAAAUUCGGUAGGAAAUUAUUGUUGUUGGUAUCCAUUUUGUUCAUGGCUGUGUCGGAAUUUGUUUUAGCAUUAUUUUUCACAUUCAAAGACAGGCAUGUUUUAGACGCUGACACAGUUGCUUCGAUUGGAAUUUUACCAGUGAUUUGCUUGGGCGUUUUUAUUGUCAUGUUUUCAAUUGGCAUUGGACCGAUCCCUUGGUUAAUUUCAGCAGAACUUAUGCCUACGGAAAUUAAAUCUACUAUGUGUUCCAUAGCCGCUACUUUCAACUGGUUUUUAGCAUUUAUUAUAACGAAAUUUUAUGGUGAUAUGAAAGAUGGUGUCGGUGGUGAUACGACGUUUUAUAUUUUUUCUGGAAUUUGCUUCGCCGGCGUGGCUUACGUACUAGUAUUUGUGCCUGAAACUAAAGGCAAGUCUGUAGCUGAAGUGCAAGCCAUGCUAAGUGGUCGCAAGGCAGAAACUAACGAAAAAGAAGGCAUUGAUAAUCCAAGCUUUACAAAAUAA